CCUCCCGAGGGUGAGGGUCUGGCACUGUCACCGUAAUUGAGAGUGAUUUAUACAUCGCUAGAAGCGACAUGCUUCUGAAGCACCAUAAGGCCGCUUAAAUGAGAUGCCGCUGUAUCACCAGAUCGUGACCGCGUCGGCGCGGGCUUCGCCGGCGGCGCUCGCGGACCUGCUGCGGCGCUGCGCAAAACAGAUCACGGCGGCCGGCGGCGUCGUGCGGAGCUGCGAGCACCACGGCGUUACGCGGCUGCCGCAUCGCGUCCGGUCGCGCCACGCGUCGGCCGGCGACGACGGCCGGCGCGCCCCCGCGCGGUCGUCGCGCGCCGCUUCGGGCGAGACCGCCGCACCGCGCCGCGCAGGUACCACCACGUCGGUCGCCGCGUAGCGCUUUUCUUUGACUGCGGCCCCGCGGCGCUGCCGCGCGUCGAGCAGACGCUUCGGAUGCACGCCGACGUCCUCCGAUUCACGACGCUCCGCCGACCGGCGACGAUGGAUCUUGUUAACUCCAACAAAAAAGGCAACCCCUGGUCCAGGAACAGAAAAUGACUCACUUCAAUUUGGGCAGGGCCGGUUUUGGGGUUUUGACUGAAUUUUUUGGGGCCUUUUAAGUUUCUCGGACAUCCAUCUCGGACCAUCAGGGAAUUAUCCAACGAGGUAAAGCGGCAUUAUCGCCGUACACGAUUUUUUUAAAGGUCCUUUUCGAAAUUCCUGCCUUUAAAAAUGCGCGUCCAUCUCGGUCAUCGAGUUAGGACGAAGCACUCGGGCCCGGAACUCGCGGUCUCUAUCGAAGUGCCACUGGGUGCGACGAGCGUAGAGGCCGUCGCGGCGGGCAGCGGCCGCCAGAGUGCAUUAUCGACAUUCGACAGCCCUCCUCCGCCGCGAUUUCGGUUGCUACACUGGCAUGCAUGCAUUACGUGGCGGGACUACUAGUAUAGGAGAGCGAUGGUACUCCAAGAGAUAGC